UUCUUUAGCUUACUUAAUUCUGCUUAUGUUUAUGUUUUAUGGAUCUAAUGGUUUAAUUAAAAAGCUUAAAUAUUUUUUGUUGGGUUGGAUGUUUUGGUGGUUUUAAGAAAUUGGGUUCCUUUUGUUUUGUGUAUUGAGGUUAGGGAAUUGGAAAUAAGUUGGGGUAGUCCUAAUUAGCAUACUGUUUUUACUUUUCUGAAGCUUAGCUUGUGUGUGUAAAUGUUUGGAGUUCUGGUUUGGUGUUAAAUUUUGGCAAUUGAAUGGUAAAUUUGGAGAUUAGUCAUUAGCAUACUGUUUUGCUUUUAUUUCCUUCAAGCUUUAGCUGAAGUUUUUGUUUUGUGUGUGUAAAUUUUUGGAAUUUUGGUUUGGUGUUGAGUUGCUAUGUAUUUGGGCAUGGUCAAGUUGGUUUUAGCUAAUUUUUCUUAUUUCAUACCAUAAGCUCACUGAAAUAUCUUAUAUUUGAAGUCUAGGGAUGAUUGUUAUUGCUGUUAUUUAAUGAUGACAUGUCUAGGUUGGCUUUGAUUUUGCACCCGAGAGUAAAAAAAACUGAUUUGGACUUAGGUUCAUCUUAACUAUGUUUAUUUAAAUGAGAAUUAAUAUGCUAUCAGUCUGUUUGCGAAGUUGCCAUUUUCCUCGAAUAUCACAAGCUAGUUUGAAUAAAAGAGGCUUGAGCAGUAUAGUAGCAUGUUGAUUAGUCAAUUGAAAGUUACUUGCCAUUGAACAGAGAUGUUAAGGGGCUGUUGCCAAUACGAGUUUGUAAGGAAGCUUAUGAGAUAUUGUGAGGAAGCUUAUGAGAUAUUAUGAGUCUUUAAAAUAUUACUUCGCACUUGGCAAAUUCAUGUUGAUUUUAAAUUUAGAUUACAAAAGUGUGGUCCAUUCUUUGUUACUUGGGGCUGUGUCAAUCUUUUUGUAUCUUUUGCUUGUGGUGAAACAGCUCAAUGGCUCAGCUCCAUGUGGAAGUCUUUCUUAUAUUGUUUUUGUAGAUGUGGCUUGGUCUUUAACACUUUUAUCUUCCUUUUUAAAUAAAUAUUAAGACCACCGAUUUUAUGUUCUCAUCAACAAUGACAGUAAUGAACAAUUUUUAUAAUUAAAUUGUUUGAUUUAUGAAACAUGUGGUUAUGUUUAUGUUUGUGUCUAUUCAGACACUUCAUAAAUAUUGCUCGGGAUACUCCAGAUACCAAUAACAAAAUAUAGAAUUUAAGGGCUAUCGUUGAAUUGAUUUCAAUGGGGACAGGGGAAGAGAGCACACCUCCUAAGCCUUCAAAACCAGCAUCAUCAGCUCAGGAAAUUCCAACAACACCCUCUUAUCCUGAUUGGCAAAAUUCUAUGCAGGCUUAUUAUGGUGCCGGAGCCACUCCUCCUCCCUUUUUUGCAUCAACAGUUCCGUCUCCAACUCCCCAUCCUUAUCUUUGGGGAGGUCAGCAUCACUUAAUGCCACCAUAUGGGACCCCUGUUCCUUACCCGGCUUUGUAUCCUGCUGGAGGAGUAUAUGCCCAUCCUAGUAUGGCCAUGGCGCCAAAUUUAGUACAUGCAAAUACUGAGUAUGAAGGUAAGGGCGCUGAUGGAAGGGACAAAGUUUCAGGCAAAAAAUCUAAGGGAACUUCAGCAGGCAAAACAGGAGAGACUGCAAAAGCAGCUUCAGGUUCCGGAAAUGAUGGUGCCUCCCCAAGUGCUGAAAGUGGCAGUGAUGGCUCCUCAGAUGGAAGUGACGACAAUGCUAACCCUCAGGAUUUUGCUGGAAAUAAGAAGGGAAGUUUUGAUCAGAUGCUUGCUGAUGCCAAUGCACAAAAUAACACUGCUGGGGCUGCAGUAUCUGGGAAACCUGUCGGGUCAAUGCCUGGUACUAAUUUAAAUAUCGGUAUGGACUUAUGGAAUGCUUCUCCUGCUGCUGCAGCUGGAGCUUCGAAAAUUAGGCCUGGUGCAAUUGGUGCCCCGUCAGCAAUAAUGCCCGAACAGUGGGUUCAAGAUGAACGAGAACUGAAAAGACAAAAGAGAAAGCAAUCUAACAGGGAAUCAGCUCGAAGAUCAAGAUUACGCAAGCAGGCGGAGUGUGAAGAGCUACAAGCAAGGGUAGAGACUUUGAACACUGACAAUCGCAAUCUUAGAGAUGAACUACAGAGGAUCUCUGAUCAAUGCGAUAAACUCAAAUCUGAAAACGAGUCUAUUAAGGAAGAACUGACACGGCUAUACGGGCCAGAUGCAGUAGCUAACCUUGAACAAAACAACCACUCCUCAGUUGUUCAAUCUCAUGAUGACGAGGGUAACAAAUAGUAGCAAAGUCGCAAAAGAGAAGCGCAGAGUAAUUUUUCUCGACAUUCGCUAUAGGUUAUGAGUAGGUAUAACUGAGUAUAGAACAUUAAUUUUUCUUACUGAUCUACACGCUUAACCCUUUAGUUUAACUGUAUCAUUUAUAACUUAUUCCACACAAUUUUUACCAGAGUUGCGAACCUCAAAUGAGUUUAUUCGCAUGUAUUAUUUGUGAUCAAUUUGGUUGAGAAUAUAAAAGCAUAGUUUUCUGUU